AUGGAUUCAGAUAUGUUACUCUCAUGUACUUCCUUUCUCCGGAAACUGUUUUCUGCCCUGUCCAAUUGUUUGCCAUUUUCCAAUUUGAGGCAAGGAGAUGAAGCUUCCAAUUCUUCCAUGGAUAAUAAUCACAAUCAAAGCCGCGAUGAAGCUUCCAAUUCUUCCAUGGAUAAUAAUCACAAUCAAAGCCGCGAUGAAGCUUCCAAUUCUUCCAUGGAUAAUAAUCACAAUCAAAGCCGCGAUGAAGCUUCCAAUUCUUCCAUGGAUAAUAAUCACAAUCAAAGCCGUAGAUAUACAUACGAUGUGUUUAUCAGUUUCAGAGGUGCUGACACCCGCAACACUUUUGUUGAUCAUCUUUAUGCUCAUCUAACAAGAAAAGGUCUACGUGGUGUUUGGAAGAGAUGGCUACUAUUGCCGAAUGUUGGGGUGUACCAGAAUGACUUUGUUUUACACAAGAAGAAAUUCAUACAUGAUCCAAACAAGGUUGUGAGAUGGACGAAAGCUAUGGAAUUUUUAGCUAACUUAGUCGGUUGGGAUGUCAGGAACAAGCCAGAAUCUAUUGAGAUUGAAACAAUUGUUCAAGCAGUAAUAAAAUCUUUGAAUCAUAAAUUCUCAAGGUUUACCAACGAUCUUGUUGGGAUGCGACCUCGCAUAGAAGAAUUAGAAAAACUUCUACAAUUGGGCUCAAUGGAUGGUGACUUCCGAGUUCUGGGAAUUUUGGGGAUGAGUGGAGUAGGAAAGACAACUCAUGCUAUGGUUUUGUACGACAGAAUCUCUUAUCAGUUUGAUGUUCGUUGUUUUAUUAAUAACACAAACAAACUUUAUAUGGAUGAUGGCAUUGUUGUUGUACAAAGACAAAUUCUUCGACAAGCUCUAGACGAAAGAAUCUAG